CGGUUCUUCGGCUCUAUUUGAGUCGCACCUUUCAUAUUGGCGGGAAAAUUAGCUGUCAUAAACCUAGGGUUGAUUAAACACCCUUUCGACUCCAUUUUUUUCUUCACCGUCCACCACAAAACUCCGGUAGAGUCCGUUCCUCCGACCACCGCCAAACACCACAAGAUCCGUCCUCAUCUCUCUCUUUCUCUUUUCACUAUUUUUUUCCUUUUAAUAACUGCAGUAAAAAAUGGGUGAUGAAGGAAAUGCACAAACUCCGAGAAGAACAACUAGAGCAUCAUUAUCUAGCACACCAAAUCCAUCUAAUUCUACAGGGAAGUUGAAUUUAUGUAAUCAACAACCUUUGACAAUAGACGAUCUCGCUUACGGAGACGAAUCGAUUAGUUUUGAUGAUUUGAUUUCUAGUUUACCAGGUAGACGUGCUCAAAUAAUUGAAUUGUUACGCAUUUUGGGUCCAUUGGAUUCUCCAAUGUUUCCUGUUUUCGUAUACGGAGGUGCUUCCACUGGGAAAACAAGUUCCAUUCUUCAGAUAUUCAAGCACCUUAAACGUCCGUUUGUUUAUUGUAGUUGUGUAACGUGUUAUAGUCCGAGGAUACUGUUUGAGUCUGUGUUGAAUCAGUUGUUGCUUCAUAGAAGGAAUGAAAGCAAUCGGUAUUUGAGUGUGAAACGUUGUGAGAAGCCCUCCGAUUUUGUUAAUCUUUUGCAGGAGGCACUUCGUAAUGUGGUUGAUAGUUUGAAGGGGAAUGUGGUGAAAUCUAGCUCGAAGAAAUCGAUGGGGAGGGCUAGGGGGGAAAUGGUUUACUUGGUAUUUGAUAAUUUGGAGCUUGUUCGUGAAUGGGAUAAGGGUUCCAACAUAUUGAGUUUUAUGUUUAAACUGUAUGAUAUUCUGAAAAUGCCGGAAGUGGGUUUGAUUUUUCUCAGCAAUGCGUCACCUGAUACGUAUUACUUGGACACUGGUUAUGUAGAGCCUGUGCCUGUUUACUUUCCUGAUUACACUGAGGAUGAACUUCGUCAAAUCUUGAUGAAAAACCAGGAAAACCCAAAGCUAUAUUCCUCAUUUCUCGAAGUGGUGCUGAGGCCAUUUUGUCGAGUUACUAGACGAGUUGAUGAAUUAUCGACUGCAUUCUCACCAUUAUAUCAGAUAUAUUAUGAACCUCUGGAUGAUUUAGGCAUUGUUCCAAGUGGAGAUGUGAAAAGAGAACUAUUUUCUCAUCUUCAGCCACAUAUUGGACCAUCGCUGAAUGACACAUUCAGAGUUGAAAACAGGCUGUCUUCUGAAGCCUCAGCUAAGACGAACAAAUGGAAAGGCAUUGCCAAGAAAAUGGGAGUUAGUGAAUCUUCUGAUGAGAUAGACUUUCAUAUGUCUGCUUGUGCCAAGUACCUUCUUAUUUGUGCUUUCCUUGCUUCAAAAAACCCAGCUACACUUGAUGCAUCCUUGUUUGAUUCAACUGGAGGUUUCAGUAAUGGAAAACGGAAGAGGAAGAGCUCGGAGAAGUCAAAAGAGAAAAAGGAAACUGCAGAACAAGACUUGCUCUUGAAGGGACCAGGAACGUUUCCCCUGGAAAGAUUAUUAGCCAUAUUUCAGUGUAUUGUAUCUGUGUCAGAAUGCUUACCUGAUGAUGAAGCACAAGGAGAUGGUGGAUUGGAAGGAGAGAGUUGGACUAAUGGACUAUUGUCUCAUGUUCUUUUGGAAUUAUCAAGUCUGUGUAAUGCUAAUUUUAUCAGUAAAGGUGGAAGUUGCCCCUUGGAAGGCGCUAAUCGGUACCGAUCUAUGGUAUCCGAAGCUAUGGCUCUUAAGGUUGCAAGGAGCCUAAAAUUUCCUCUGUCAAAGUAUUUAUAUAGAGGAGGAUGAUAUAGAAGAUGUCCGUUCAUGUUAAAAUGAUUUUGCAUGUCAAUCAAGAGCUAUAUGUGAACAUGAUGCAAGUCAACAAUGUGACAUCACCUAAACAACCCGUUGGCAUGGUGAAUGCACGGUUAAGAUUCUUGUUAUAUGUAUCACUCAUUGUUGUAUACUCGACGGCAAGAGACUUAAGUGUAAGUUGGUUUCAGUGUACUCCACGAAGAACAAUAAAAAUAGUGUCAUCUAGCGAAAUAUUGACUAACAUGGAUCAUACGACUAUACCCAAGUGAUUAAUUGCUUUUUAUGAUUUUUCCUGUUUUGAGAGUCUAAGCUAGUCCAUUACUUUGCAGCCA